AUGGUGAGCAAGACCGUGGAUCAAGCUGAAACUUCGCAGCUGACAACAAUGCAGACCACUCCAAACACCACCGAGCAGAACUCCUUCCUCAAGCUCAACCCAAAGACAUCCACCCCCCCAAAGGUAGCUCCACUUCCCACCCGCCGCGUCUUCGCCGUUGGCCCAGCGCUCAUGGACGAACAGGAGAACAACAAGCCAGCCGAACCCACCGGCUACCUCGCCCAGACGCACCUCAAGAACACGUACGAGUCCGCCGCCAUCAACGAGACCGCACACGCUCCACCAUCCCUGGCCGCCGCCGGCUUCGCUCACAUCGACGUCCAGGCCUUCAUGGGCGGCGACCCGCCGGACACUGACAAGAAGAUGGCGAAGAAGUGUCUCGUGGGCGCGAUUGCGAGCUUCAUCAACAUGAGCCGCCAGGGCGAUGCGGCUAAGUUGCAGGAGAUGGGAGAGCAGGUCUUCGACGAGAAGGAGUUUGGAGAGGCUAUGAAGGAGGCGUUUGAGCAGAAGAAGUAG